AUAUAACCCAAUUAUCGUUUGUUGGUAGAGUUGAGGGUUUGUGAAAUUCUAAUUUUUAGGGCUUAAAAGAGAUCUUGAAGCUCUCUACUUGUGAAGUCAACAAUGGCGCCUCUUCCCGGACCUUACUCUGGAACCAGUACCCUUGCUCUGGUGGCUCGUACUUCAGCAUUCACAUUUGGACUUGUCUAUGGUAGCAUGAAGCUCAAGUAUCUCAAGGCUAAAGCCAAGUCUCACCAGAAAGCUGAAGCUAAGGCACAUCACUGAUAGAGAGCAGUAUGCUGCAUUUGCUGUCUGAUAAAAAUAAUAUAUGACAAUCACAUUAUAUCAAUUUUCAUUAUGGCCUGUUGCUUAGGACCAUCAUUUUCGACUUGUAACUGUUCAAUUUUGUAUUCAAGAGUUGUCAAAUGUUUUUACGGUCCAAUGAUAUAUUGGUGGUCCAAUUUUGAGGGAUUAUAUUGGACAAACAGGGAAAAAGUUGGCAUUGAUCUGCUAGCAUAAUAAUCUUCUUGUUGCAUCAA